AUCAGUACAACACUCAGCAUCCUCUGACGACGUUCUUUCCUCCUUUUGUACAACACUCUUUCCCUCCUCCAGACCACCCAAAGCCCUAUAAAUAAUUGGAGCUCUCUCUUUUCUUCCUCAGACUUCUCACUCUUCAGCCAGGAAGCCUGUUGAGAAAGCAAGUGGUGGGUGAUUAGGGAAAGAGAGCGGGAGAGGGAGGGGGGCAGAGGGACAUAAGGACAUACAAGGAGGAGGAGGGAGAAGAAGAAGAAGAAGAAGAAGAAGAAGAAGAAGAAGAAGAAGAAGAAGAAGAAGAAGAAGAAGAAGAAGAGAAGAUGGCUAGCGAAUUCAAGAAGAAGAUAUUCUGGAGAGCGGUGGUGGCCGAGUUUUUCGCCAUGAUCCUCUUCAUUUUCAUCAGCAUUGGCUCGGCGCUGGGCUUCAAGUUCUCCGUGCCGCUCAACUCGACCGUAGAGCCCGGCCAAGACAACGUGAAGGUCUCGCUGGCCUUUGGCCUCGCCAUCGCCACCAUGGCCCAAAGCGUGGGCCACAUCAGCGGCGCCCACUUGAACCCGGCCGUGACCCUGGGCCUUCUGCUCAGCUGCCAGAUCAGCAUCCUCCGGGCCAUCAUGUACAUUGUCGCCCAGUGCCUGGGGGCUGUCGUGGCCACAGCGAUUUUGUUGGGGGUCACCUCGUCUAGAUCAACCACCCUCGGGCUCAACGAGCUGGCAGACGGGAUCAAUCCAGGACAAGGCCUCGGUAUUGAAAUCAUUGCUACUUUGCAGCUGGUACUCUGUGUUCUUGCCACGACAGACAGGAGGCGGAAUGACGUCUCUGGAUCGGGGCCACUGGCCAUUGGCCUUUCUGUGGCUUUGGGGCAUCUUCUUGCUAUUGAUUACACCGGUUGUGGAAUUAACCCUGCCAGAUCUUUUGGCUCAGCUUUGAUUUACAAUAACUUUACCAAUCACUGGAUCUUUUGGGUUGGUCCAAUCAUUGGAGGAGCUGCCGCCGCCCUCAUUUAUGACUUCAUCCUAGCUCCUAGGUGUGGUGACGUAACUGACCGCAUGAAAGUCUGGACCAGCGGCCAGGUGGAGGAAUACGACCUUGACGCCGAUGACUCCAGAGUGGAGAUGAAACCAAAAUAAAGGAGAAUUA